UUUCUGCUGUUUUUCGCGUAUAGUUUCUGAAUAUCGGGUUACUCUAUCUGUUAAGAUGGCGUCAUUGAGGAAUUUAGAAAAAGCUAGAGCGAGGGAGCACAGGGAGAGAAGCCAGCCAGCAGCAAGAGCUAAACUGGGAUACCUGGAAAAGAAGAAAGACUACAAAGAAAGAGCAAGUGAAUACCACAGACAGCAAAAUACCAUAAAAUCACUGAAGAGAAAGGCUUUGAACAGAAAUCCAGAUGAAUUCUACUUCAACAUGGUCAAAACUCAGAAAGUGGAUGGAGUCCAUCAAAGAAAGGCAGAAAUGGAACCAGAGGUGACGGAAGUUCAGACUAAAAUCAUGUUUUCUCAGGACCUGCGAUACGUUAAUAUGAAGCGCACGGCAGAAUUAAAGAAAAUAGAGAAGCUGAAGGCAUCUUUACAUCUCCUUGACGGUGAAGACAAGCCGAAAAAUAAGCAUAUCAUUUUUGUAGACUCAGAGAAAGAAGUGAAGAAAUUUGAUGCAGCGAAACACUUUGACACUCAUCCAUCCCUCCUUGGACGGGCAUACAAUAGGCCCACCACACAGAUGUUACAGGCUGGACAGAUUCCAGUUCCGACCGACCACACAGAAUUAGAGGAACUGGCUCAGGAAAAGGAAAAGAAAUACAAAGAACUGACCAAGAGGAUUGAACGAGAAAAAGAAUUGGGCAUUAUUGCACAGAAAUUGGAGAUGAAAAAACAUCUUAUGGCCAAAAAAGAAAAGAAGAAAAAAGUUGCAGAUGAAACAAAAUCUUCUGCAGCUCAAUACAGAUGGUGUACUCAGAGAAAAAAGUGAACAUUUUUCCAAGUUUUCUUGGUCUGUGGAUAAAAUCAGGAGAGUCAGCAUCCCACAUUUUGUUUAUCAUACAAAAGAAAACAAUGAUAAGAGACAAAAUGUGAGACAAGAUACACUGUUGAGCUCCUAGAAUUGAGGUUUCCAGGAAAGAUUGCAUGAAAUCCGUGUCCAGCUUUCUGAUGCUGUCGUCAGUGCAGUCUUUUUCGGAAUGGUCUGAUCUAGAAGACCAUAAGUCAGAGUUGUUCUCCGACAAAGACCGUACAAUUCAGAUUACUGUGUCCAGUAGUAGAACAACUGAUUCAGACAAAAACUUUCACUUUUGAAGCAUCCAAGCUGGUCUUGAUGUCUUUAACAAAGGUGUAGAACAUUGUUCCAACAGUAUUUUAAGCAGUUCUUGUGUAGAACAUGUCCAUUGUGAUAUCAAUAACUUUUAAUAAAAAGUUCAAUGUC